AUCUGUGUAGCCCCAGCAGUGCCACCUGUCAGUGCCCAUUAAUGCCAGCUGACAGUGCUCAUCAAUGCCACAUAUCAGUGCCUACCAGUGUACAUCAACGCCACAUAUCAGUACCUAUCUGAGCUGCCUUUCAGUGCCAUCUGUCAAUGCCAGUCAGUGCCACCUAUCAGUGCUGCCAAUCAGUGCCACCUAUCAGUGCUGCCAAUCAUCAGUGCCACCUAUCAGUGCCCGUCAGUGCUGCCUAUCAGUGCCGCCUAACAGUGCCAGUCAGUGCCGCCUAACAGUGCCAUAUAUGAGUGCUGCCUUUCAGUGCCCAUCAAUGAUG